UAGCAGUGCGGCCAUUUUGUACCGAACCGGAUAACAAAAUCUCACAUCUCUAUCUAUUCUUUUAUAUUCUAUAGUUAUUAUCGGAAAGUAAGAGGGAUUGUGGUCUGUCGCUCCCAAAGCAAAACGAAACUGUGUUGUCUCCAUUUAGGUGCAAAUAAUGACAGAUUAAUUACAUAUCAUGGACAUGGUCAGGAAUUAGCUCUCCACUUACUAGAUUCUGCUCAUAGUAUCUCUAGGUAAGCCAAUCAGAGCCGCGUGGAAGUUUCGUAACCUUACUCGCUGAUAUCGCCUGUCAGAACGGUGCCGUCACAAGAGCCGUGUAAUUUGCACCCUGUUUUGCGGUAUUCGACGAACAUUGGUGCGCCUCCAAUACUCAACGCGAGUUGAAGUAUUUAGAGGAAAAGAAACAGAAAUGGGAAAACGAUGCCAUGUGAAAAAUUGUCAGACUGGACACACUGUAGAUGGUAUCACGGUAUCAGACUACUCCGUUUUCAGAGUUCCGCAAAACCCCAUUACUCGCGAAAAGUGGAUAUCAUUUUUAAAAUUGCACGGGAGUGGGCGUACUAAUCGAAAAAAUCUUCACGUAUGCGAGAGGCAUUUUCCAGAGAAAUACGUUGAAAAAGAGUAUAAAUGUAUCGACAGCGAUGGAAAUCCACUGCUCGAGGUGAGAACAUUAAAGAUUUAUGAUAUAUAUAUAUCGGAGAAAGAAGUGUGUUAACUACCCUGAGUGUGGCGGAUUGCUGCCUGCGUUAUUCUCUCAGAAGACUCGACAAUUCAAUAGCGCAAAUUUCUGAAAGUUAGACUGGCGUAUGGCGCCGUUCCCAUAUAUCCUGCCCAACAAGAGGUGAAUGUUGUCCCAGGAAAGUCUACAGUGGACUCCUCAUUAUUGAAAGAUGUAACCAAUACUGCUAAUAUGGAUGACGAAGAACACCCAGAGAUUAUAGCAAAAGAUGUUAACAAGUCUAUGGAAGAAUUGAUGAUUUGCACCAGUUCUGAUGAGUCUAUUGAGGAAGAAAUAAUUGAUGAGCCAAAUCAAGUAUUUUACCGGCACAAUGAAAUUUUAUUUUACGAAGUAUUUAGUGAGGCAUCAACCCUGCAACUACCAGAUAAAUCGUGGGGCAUUCAUCGAGUUGAAACUCCAAGAAAGACAAUCUGUGUUACUCAGAUGGAAAGAAUGCCGAGUGAGAAAGAAGCACCACUUGUAGCAGUGAAACAGAUUGUGUUUUACGAGAAUCUAAAUUUUAACACGUACAUUUACGAUCGAUCAAUCCCCAUACCAAAAGCAAAUCCAAAGACCACCAGGGACAUGGAAUCUCUCAUUGCAUAUUUCCAUGCUAUCAAAGUGUGUAGGGGAGGCCCACCUGUCGCGAUGUAUAAGGGUAUUGUCCUUCGAUGCGCAUAUAAGGAUAAGAUAAAUAGAUGGCGACACAACCUUUGUCCAUUAAAAACACAUGGUGAAAAUAUGUGUAAAUAUUGUGUUAAAGUAUAUAGAAAUGCAGAUGCUUGUAUCUUUUUCAAAACAAAGGGGCAUAUACCACGAUCACAUCUGUUACCUUCUACGAAAAAAACGAUUGCGAUAUUAAGAAAGUUGAAACGCAGUCAAAUUCAAACACUCUACCGUAAUCAAGUGAAAUUGUCCCAGAUAAACGAAAUGUUAACAGUUCUUUAUCGAAGAGAAAUGUCUUAAUAGAAUAACAUAAAAACGUGAUGGCAUAGUUCAAUAUAGCUAAGAGUCAAAAAAUAUUUUGCGGUGUACACUCACAUAUACAGAAAAAUCAAGUAAUUUUAGCUAUUAUUCAGUAAUAGUGUUCAACGUAAUUCUAUUAUGCAUUAUUAGAACCUCAUUAUUGUACGGAAUUUAUGGACUUGCAAUGCACUACAGUUCAAAAUAAUUAAUUCUAAAAUGACUGAUCAGAACUCUUAAAAAAAACUAAAGUCAAUUGAAGACUAAAUUCACGAGUAAUAAAUCGACUUCAAUUUCGUUCAUAAUUGGUGAAUCAUCCUUACAAUCCGUUAUACAUCAAUUGUCUACAUUAAUAAUAAAUACUUAUAUAAAUUCAACGUUUACAUUUUAUAAAGUACAGCUAUUUUCGUAUCUAAGGCAUAAAGUAUCACACCUGUGGUGCGAACAAUAUUUUUCCUCCUACGUAGGCGUAAACGGGAUUUAUCGGUUCGCUGCGCGGGUGUAAAAUCCUGCUUUAUACCUACUAUAACAAAAAAUCUAUUUCAGACUGUUGAAGGCAACAAAAUAUUGUGUAGCUUUUAAAAUCAUAUGUUACCGAUCAGUUAGAAUUUACCACUAGGUCUAUGUGUUCGUACGUACAGUACUGAUACGAAACAAGCAGAUCCUUUAUUUGCUAUAUUGUGACGUAAUCGAAAAUCUGAAGACUGACAUUAUAGCCUUUGCAUAUGAUAUGUAUGGUUCAAGUGUCAAAGGUAUAUUCAUACAUACAUGAGGAUUUUACUCACAUGUAUUAUGUUGUAGAUAAAUAAUUUUAAUAAAGCCAAUCUAUUAUAUUUCAAAAAAGUUUGUGUGUUUCAUACUUGAUUUUUUGCACUGUUUUUGACAUCUUCGUUCUCGAUUGAAAAUAUUUAUUCACAAAACUCUUGUACAUUUAUCCAGAAAAUUGCAAAUUAUAAAUACCCAGUACUUGUGAGCAAGUGAGCCAAUAUCAGUCCUGGCAGAACUGAACGUUAAUUAGAAUUUAUGUGAAAAAAUUAAUUUGAAAUAUAUGAAAUUUUAAGAUGAAUCCUCUAAUUUGAAAUGCCAAAGCCAAGCAAUGAGACCUAUCCUUAGUACAAUAUACACAUUACACAAGCUGUAACGUCCUAUUACAAUCCUGCUGGAAGCGCAACUCUAUUUAGUUACAGUAGAAAAUGCUUAU